AUGGCGUCGCACAUCAUCCUGCCGCCGGACGACGCCGACGAGAACCACAACCACCAGGCGGCGGCGGAGGAGCGGGAGGAGCUGGGGCGCGAUGACGACGACGAGGAGCACGCGCACGGGCACCCCCCGGCGCUGCCGCCCAAGCCGGCGCUGCCGUUCUCCGCCAUGUGCGUGCGGAUCUCCCGCGACUCGUACCCGAACCUCCGCGCGCUCCGCAACGCCUCCUCCGUCAGCCUCGCCGACGCCGCCUACGUCAAGAUCUCCGAGGGCGACUUCGGCUACGUCCUCGACGACGUGCCGCACUUCACCGACUACCUCCCCGACAUCCCGACCUAUCAUAAUCCACUACAGGAUCAUCCGGCCUAUUCAACUGUCAAGCAGUAUUUUGUCAAUGAAGAUGACACUGUACCACAAAAGGUUGUUGUUCAGAAGAACAGUCGGCGUGGUGUUCACUUCCGUCGUGCUGGGCCUCGUCAGAGGAUUUAUUUUGGCACCGAUGAAGUGAAGGCCUGCAUUGUAACUUGUGGAGGCCUGUGCCCUGGGCUUAACACUGUUAUCAGGGAACUGGUGUGUGGCUUGUCACACAUGUACAAUGUCAGCAGCAUUUUUGGAAUACAGAAUGGAUACAAGGGUUUCUAUUCUAGCAACUACCUUCCCCUGACACCAAAGAGCGUCAAUGACAUCCACAAAAGGGGUGGUACAGUUCUAGGAACAUCACGAGGUGGCCAUGAUACAAAAAAGAUUGUUGAUAACAUUCAAGAUCGUGGAAUCAAUCAGGUGUAUAUCAUCGGAGGAGAUGGAACUCAGAAGGGAGCAUAUGAGAUCUUCAAGGAAAUCAGGAAACGUGGCCUCAAAGUUUCUGUCGCUGGAGUUCCAAAGACAAUAGAUAAUGACAUUGUGAUCAUCGACAAGUCUUUUGGUUUUGAUACAGCUGUGGAAGAGGCCCAGCGCGCCAUUAAUUCAGCUCACGUGGAAGCUUGCAGUGCUGAGAAUGGAAUAGGUUUAGUAAAACUGAUGGGUCGUUAUAGUGGGUUCAUUGCGAUGUAUGCUACUCUUGCUAGUCGAGAUGUGGACUGCUGUUUGAUUCCAGAGUCUCCGUUUUAUCUGGACGGAGAGGGUGGAUUGCUUCAAUAUGUAGAAAAGAGGCUGAAAGAGAACAAGCACAUGGUUAUUGUUGUUGCUGAGGGAGCAGGGCAGGAUCUUAUUGCGAAAAGUAUAGCCACAUCAGAUCAACAAGAUGCAUCUGGAAAUAAGCUGCUUCUUGAUAUUGGUCUUUGGCUGACUCACAAGAUAAAGGACUACUUCAAAAGCAAAAAGAUGGAGAUGACAAUUAAAUACAUAGAUCCUACAUACAUGAUCCGUGCUAUUCCAAGCAAUGCAUCAGACAAUGUCUACUGCACACUUCUAGCUCACAGUGCUAUCCAUGGCGCAAUGGCGGGGUAUAGCUUCACUGUUGGAAUGGUCAACGGAAGACAUACCUAUAUACCUUUCUAUAGGGUGACAUCCACAAGGAACAAGGUUAAAGUCACUGACAGGAUAUGGGCAAGGCUUCUGUCGUCCACCAACCAGCCAAGUUUCGUGAGUCAGAAGGAUAUCGAUGAAGCGAGUGAGGCGGAUAGGCUGGCAAACAGGCCACCACUGCCAACGGGUGUCAGCUCUCGCGUGGCGAGGUCUUUUGAUCAAUCUUCGUCGUGUUCUUCGAAUGGAGAGAUCUAG